CUCAACUCUGGGCAGCCUCAUGCUUUUGAGAAAUCUCACCUCUCCUCUCUCGGCCGACUCCUCGACCCAAGGCUUUCACUCUAACGUCACCGGCCACUCAUUGGCCACAACUUAUCGGUGGCCAUACUCCGAUUCCGAUAGCUAAACAAACCAAAAUUGACCCCAAAUUGUGUUUAUAACCUUUGGUUCCAAUGAAGAACAUUUUACUGUUCUUCACUCUGUUUUCACCAAUGAAGUUCCUCUUUCGAUCCAUUUCCGGUCCCAACAAGACACUGCUUCGAGCAUUGGGUCGCCGCCAGUUUUCGGAUUUAACUGCAGAAAAAGCCAAACGGAAUUACGCUGACAAUGUCUCCUAGUACAACACUGUUUAUUGUCUUUUUUUUUUUUUUUGGAAAGGCAGCAUCAGCUGUUAUCAAAGAAUCCGUUGAACCGAUCUUGGAAGAAUACCGACCUACAUGAGUUAAGUCACUGAAGUUCAGCAAAUUGUCUCUUGGAACUGUAGCUCCGAAGAUUGAAGGAUAAGGAUGGAGUGCAGCAUCAAAUAUCUAUCCUGCUCUUUAUCGGGUUAUUUUGCGGCCUCUUGUUGCUUAUCUUGUCAUUUUGCUUUGGUUCGUGGGCAUUAACAGUUUUUUCUAGGCCAAAAAAUGCACAUCUUGUACCUGCUGGAAACACAUAUAUUCAGAUUAGAGGUUUAGCAUGGCCGACAGUUGUAGUUGGAUGAGUGGCGCAAAAUGCCAGCCUUGGCAUGAAAGAUUCCUGGGGACCAUUGAAAGCUUUGGCUGUUGCCAGUGCCAUAAAUGGUAUUGGUGAUGUUGUCCUCUGCAUGUAUUUAGGCUAUGGUACUGCUGGGGCAGCGUGGGCAACAAUGGUUUCACAGGUUGCUGCAGCUUAUAUGAUGAUCGAUGCUCUAAACAAGAAAGGGUACAAUGCAUUUGUAAUCUCCAUUCCAUCAUUUAAUGAACUGUUGAUCGUGCUAGCAAUUGCUGGUACAGUAGUUGUAACUUUGAUGUCAAAGGUAGUUUUCUACUCUCUCCUUAUAUAUUUCGCCACAUCCAUGGGAACACACACUGUUGCUGCUCAUCAGGUCAUGCUUCAAAUAUUUGCCAUGUGCGGGGUGUUGGGUGAGCCUCUCUCUCAAACUGCACAGUUAUUUAUGCCCGAGUUGAUAUAUGGGGUCAAUCGAAGUUUUCCAAAGGCUAGAAUGCUGCUAAAAUCACUUGUCACUAUCGCCGCCGCACUUGGACUGCUAUUAGGGAUUAUUGCGACAUCAGUUCCUUGUUUUUUUCCCAAUAUAUUUACACCAGAUAUAAAGGUCAUACAUUAGGUCAGUUCAUGUUUGCUUAUGGCGUGACAAGCAGUGGGAAGACUCAUACGAAGAGCAAUGAAGACUAAAUUCUAGUGAUUU